AUGUCGUCUCCUUCGACUAGCCCGAUCAAAACCCCUUCUAAGAGGGGCCGUCCUAAGGCUUCUGGCUCGAAGCCCGCGACUCCCAAGCUACCUCGUGACGAAGAUCUUCAAGAUGCGAAGGCUCUCGUCAACAUGCUCAAGUCAUUUGACAGCCAGCAGAAGAAGGUUGACCUGACUGAAUUCGCUGCUCUGAUGAGGUACAAGAAUGUCCGAUCCGCUGGAAACACCUACAAUCGAUUGCGCAAGACUCACGGACUAAAGGUCGAGGCGUUCUCAGUCCGCCCCAAGGACUCGGGGAAAAUUACCAAGUCUACUCCUACCAAGUCUCGUUCUGUGAAGGGAGCGGCCAAAGCUGAGCUCUCCGAGGAUGAGGAGGAGGCUCGUGCUUUUGACGAGGGCGUUAUCUUUGAUGAUGACGAAGAGACCAGCGCUAAGGAGUCUAGCGAGGGUCUUAAUGAGGGAGAGGCUCAGGAUGAAGCUUAA